AAAUAAAAUAAAAAAUCUAACACCGCCCCGUGCCCACUCUUCUUCCUUAUCAAACUCUGCCAUUUUAUAUACACUAGUAUCAUCUUAAAUUCUGGAUUCGAUCAUCUAUACAACAUAAUGGGGAUUGGUGGUAAUCUUAGCUCCGACCAACUCAGCUUCUUCAACUCUCAGGGCUAUUUAGUGAUGGAAUCUUUUUCAAGCCCAGAAGAGAUAGAGUCCAUGAGGAAGCGAAUGGAGCAGUUGCUCAAUGAAUUUGAUCCCUCCUCAAGUGCCUCUGUGUUCUCUACCAAGAACCAGCAACGUACUAGUGAUGACUAUUUCUAUGAAAGUGCUGAAAAGGUUUCGUUUUUCUUUGAAGAAAAAGCUUUUGAUGAUGAUGGUAACUUAAAGCAACCUAAGCAAUUAUCCAUUAACAAAGUUGGUCAUGCUUUACAUGAGAAUGAACCGGUGUUUAAGAAGGUCUCUUGCUCUAAUAAAAUGUCAAGCUUGCUGCACUCUUUUGGUUACAAGAGGCCAGUUAUUAUUCAGUCGAUGUAUAUCUUCAAGCAACCAGGUAUUGGGGGUGAAGUAGUACCACAUCAGGACAACUCAUUUCUUAUUACCGAACCAGCGACUUGCACUGGGUUGUGGCUAGCUUUGGAAGAUGCUACCAUCACAAAUGGUUGCCUAUGGGCUAUUCCUGGAUCACACAAAGAUGGCCUUGUCAGGAAAUUUAUUAGAGAUGAGAACGGGGUUCAUUUCGAUCGGCCCUCCCCAUCCUAUGACCAAAAGGAUUUCAUCCCCAUUGAAGUGAAAGCUGGGACCUUGGUGGUUAUUCAUGGCAAUCUUAUUCAUCAGAGUUUUGAAAAUCAAUCCUCAACGUCAAGACAUGCUUACAGCCUGCAUGUGGUGGAUACUGAUGGGUGCAAAUGGGCUGCAGAAAAUUGGAUUAGAAGAAAUGUGGAUCCGGAACCACUUUAUGUUUCUUGAUUGCACCUAUUUCAGCAGGCAGCGGUCUGUUAUAUCAAAUAAAAUCUAAAGUAGCUUAACAACAUCACCUGGACUGUGUUUGAGGGCUUCACACGGAUAAUAUAGGUCACAACUCUUGUAAAAUUUGUUGCAGUUUUAUCUGCUUUAGAUUCCUUGUUAUAAUUGUCGAUGCUUUGUGGAUGGUUUUUUUUCUUGUAAGAUAUGUUUUCAAGCUCCUCCCUUAUGUGGCUUUACGCAAUUGGUUUGAAGUUCAUAUAACAAGAAACACCUCAUUUCCUAAUUCCUCAAAUAAUACUUGGUAGUAUUUGUUGUUC